CCCGUGGGACGCGACAUAAAACGUGGUAUAACAAAACGCAACUGAUAUGGAAUAACAAAACGCAACUGACAGCUAAACGUAAUUUAAUCUAUGGUUAAUUAUAGUAGAAUUUUGAAGUUGAUCGGUUGAUGUGUUUGAAACAAACCGUAUGGCGGAACAAAAUUCGCCGGUUCCACUAGUUAAAAAUAAAACUGACUAAAAUUUACAUUUGACAAUGACACGCUUUAAAUCCAUCGCAAAAUAAAUACCUACUCUUCUCUCUCAAGGUCGUUGCACUCAAAGUCGCAAUUGACACGAAAUUUCAUGUCAUUCGAACAAAAAUGACAGAACGUGCAAAUCUAAAUACAUUCGAAGAACUCAUACGAACUAAAACAGCUUUAUCGAGAAACUCGCACAUUCAAAUCUUAAUCUAUAUAUUACUACGUGAAGCAAAAACUUUGUAUCCCUUUUUAAGAAAAUUGCGCGGACGGAGGAUUAUGAAAUUUUCCACACUUAUAGAGAAUAUUAUAUAGAAGAAGUGCACAAAGUUUAAAAUUUUUAAAAAUAAUGCAUAAAAGAUACAUUAAAUCAAUAAAGAAAACAUCACACACACUACAUACCAUGUAUUUGACGCACACACGCAUGCAUACUAUUGUCAAAGUUUUGUUCUUGACAUCUGUUGUCAAAUUGAGAAUAGAAUAUGAUUCAUAUCCAUGAAUCGAGAACAAUACAAAAACAGAACACGGUAAUACGACUAAAAAUUCCAAUGCAAUCAAUAUUUGAACACGAAUUCGAUAAUUUGAUACCGUUGUCCAAAACCAAUGACAAGGUGCCCGGAGCAGUGAUGCUGUCUUUACCUUCCAAAAAAAAAAUCAUGAUCGACUUGUCAGGGAAGAGAACUAUGUGCCCAAUACGGCCCAAACUACGUCGGACAAUCAAUAUCAUCAUGAAUUUGACCAGCGAACAGAAUUCUAAAGCUAAUCCUGAUGGGAAAAUAUCAACAGAUUCUAAGUCUGUUAUAGAAAACGGUAUAAACGGACCGAAGAUAAACGAUCAAUCCGUUUCGAAAUCUCCUAAUUCCAAUUCUGUUGUUGAUGUUGCAUUAUUUAUGGACGAGGCAAAAGCUAAUGACCCUAUCGUUUCUUCGGUAAAAACAGAUACUAGUAUCAAUAAUGAACCAGACACAGCUGCAAAAGGCCAAGAUGCUGUAAAUCCUUCACAGCAUACUAAUUCUGAUCCAUUGAUAUCUCCAACCGCGAGCGACGUGACCGAUCUCAAUGCCAACGGAGGAAAAAACGAUGUAUCAAAGCAAACGGAUGCGUCAAAACAGGGCGAUGCAUCAAAACAACCUGAUGGAUUAGAAAAGGCUGAUGCGUCAAAGGAGGGUGAUGUCUCCAAACAGGCUGAUUCGCCAAAACAGACUGAUGCAUCAAAACAGGCCGAUGCGUCAACACAACCUGAUAGAUUAGAAAAGGCUGAUGCAUCAAAGGAGGGUGAUGUCUCCAAACAGGCUGAUUCGUCAAAACAGACUGAUGCAUCAAAACAGGCCGAUACAUCAACACAACCUGAUGGAUUAGAAAAGGCAGAUGCAUCAAAAGAGGGUGAUGUCUCCAAACAGGCUGAUCCGUCUAAACAGGCCGAUGCAUCAACACAACCUGAUGGAUUAGAAAAGGCCGAUGCGUCAAAAGGGGGUGAUAUCUCGAAACAGGCUGAACCAUCAAACAAAGCUGAUGCAUCAAAGCAAACUGAUGGAUUAGAAAAGGCUGAUACGUCAAAAGACGGUGCUGUCUCUGAACAGGCCGAUCCGUCAAAACAGGUUGAUUCAUCAAAACAAAUUGAUGGAUUAGAAAAGGCAGAUGCGUCAAAAGAGGGUGAUAUCUCGAAACAGGCUGAACCGUCAAACCAAGCUGAUGCAUCAAAACAGCCUGAUGCAUCGAAACAGGCAGCUUCAGAAAACCCCGGCGCACCAAAAGAUUCCACUAUUUCAUCCAGUGAAAAACCUAAUGAAUCAGCUUCAAUAGUCAGUCCUGCAGAUACGCCGGAGAAUCCUCCAGUAGCCCAAUCUACUCCGGACGCGUCUGGUUCUCCUACGAAUUCAAACCCUGACUCUGGCUCUUCUCCAGCACCUGAAACACCAAAAUCUCCGAAUGGUUCGAACGAGGCCACUGCAGACGCCGCAGCAUCAGGUCUUGCGGUAAACGGCAAAACAAACAACGGAGGAGAUUCCAUAAACUUGACUCAGGCAACAGCAAACAGUGACGUUUCUACGAGUAAUACUACCACCUAACGAGGUUUUCAAAAAAUCGCCUGAAUUUUAAGGUCCCAUUUUUAAAACAAUUUUUCUUUUGACUUCUAAGUAUUUUUAGAGAAUAUACAUAAAAAUUUUAUAAAAGGGUGUUGUAUUGGAAGUGCUCCCGAAGCUAAAAGUGUAAUUUUGCCUACCUAUCUAUCGAUCACUAUCCUAUCGCUAGCAUCGAGGUGCUGUUCUUUAGCAUGACUGGUGAGUUAGCACACGAGACUCAACCCGAAAAAUUUGCCCUAGCAAGAGCAAUGCUUUGUUGUAUCUACCACCAGAUAGGAAUCGCGAUUCACUGAGAAGAUCCGACGUGAAACUCAGUGAAUUAGGUUAGGUGAGCUGGAUAUUGUGAAAAUAUUAGUUUAUUAAAGAUUACAUAAAAAUAAAUACUUCUUAUUUUGAUCUAAUAAUUAUUGGUGAGCCCACGAAGGCAGUUUCCCUCCGCAUUACUUCAAGACAGUAAAUUUGACUCGUCAUUUUGGUCAAUAUUGUAUUAUAUUGCAUUCAAUUUAAGGAGCCUUAUGCAAAAUAUAAAAUUUCGAAUUAAUAGUCACAAGGCGUGAAUCCGCACGGGUAGGUACCACCACCCUGCCUAUUUCUGCCGUGAAACAAUAAUGCGUUUCGGUUUGAAGGAUACGGCAGCCGUUGUACUGUAGACACUGAACUCAUAUCUCAAGGUGGCGGCAUUUACGUUGUAGAUGUCAACCCAACUAAGCAAUUAUAAAAAUUAAAUAACAAAUACAUCUGAAACUUACGUCUAUCAUCUUUGGACGUAGCUCCUCGACCGAAUUCAUAAUGCACUUGUCAACGUUCGGAUCAUUUCGCUGGCACACCUUUAUGUAUGGCGCUGAAAUAAUGAUAUAGUUACCAUUGUUAAAUAAAACAUUAAAACAAAUUAAAUACGUUCUAAUUUGCAACUAAAAAAUAAUAAAACAUGAUUCAAGAAAGACACAUAAAAACGUCUUUAUUAAAGUUCGCACUAACUACGGAAAGAAAAUUACCAAACGCCUUAGGAAUAUACAAACAGAUUACAUUUUUAAUUUAAAGCUAAAAAAAAUCUUGGCUGCUAGCAAAUACUCUAGAUAUAGAACAAGGUGUAUUUUUAAAUAGAAUUUAAUUGUAUCUCACUAUCAGUGUGCUGUGUGUUCUUACGACAAAUAAAAAUAAUAUUUGUGUUAUUGUAUUGGAUGAAUAAAGUUUGAAAAAUA